AUGCAGGCGGGAACGAGUCAACAGCCUCAGAAUCAAGAAUCCGAUGACGAUGUCUACGACAUGCCCAGGACACCUCGUCGUACUCCAAUGGCCUGUCAAUUUUGCAGAGGCCGCAAACUGAAAUGCGACGGACGCCAAACUUGUGCCAACUGCCAAAGAAGAGGGAUUCCAUGCACCUAUGUCCCGAUGCAAGUCCAACUUCCGGUUGUUGAUUUCUCAGUCCAGGCUAACCCGAUCCUUGCUACCAGUCCGAAACAAUAA